AUGGCCCGACCACGCACCAGAAACUUUUCUCAACGCCAAGAUCCUCCACCUCCAGCUCCGACGACUGACUCCACCACUGAUCGCCCAGUGCCUCGUCAAGCUCAACCCACUGGUAACAAUGGCAGAUUGUCUUCUUCUUCAAAUCAUUUCGACCCUCUCACCAAUCUUGAUCGGCCUGCCUAUGAGGAUUUUCAAAGUCCCUACAAUCUUGGCACUAGAAAUCACCCCGGAAUGCUCAUUGCUUCUCCUAUCCUCACUGAAAACAAUUUUCAAUCUUGGAAAUGCUCAGUGACCAUAUCCCUUGGUGCUAAGAACAAAAUGGAUUUUGUGGAUGGAACUCUUCCUAAACCUCCUACCACAGACCCCAAUCACGGCUCCUGGUUACGUUGCAACAAUAUGGUCAUGUCUUGGAUUUUAAACUCCAUUUCCAAAGAAAUUAAGGAUUCUGUGAUGUACCUCAAGACUGCUGCUGCUAUAUGGCAAGAGAUCAUUGAUCUUUUCAGCGAAGGGAAUGGUCCCCGUAUCUUCAAACUUAAACAAGCUCUUGCUCAACUUUGGCAAGGAGAUGAUUCUGUCAGUGGCUAUUUUGCAAGACUUAAGUCUAUUUGGGACGAAAUCUAUGAAUACCAAGCCAAUAGAAUCUGCAAUUGUGAAGCUGCUAAGAAUAAUCUUGAUUUAUACAAUCGGGAUCAGGUUUUACAAUUCCUAACUGGAUUAAAUGAUUGUUUUCAUUCCAUUAGAGGCCAAACCCUUUUGAUUGAACAUUUUCCCUCUCUUGCUAAAGUUUUCUUUAUGGUAAUCCAUGAUGAAAAAUAA